CAUGAUCGAUGUCAGGGUACACUCUAUGCUCAUCUGAUAUUUUGUUGGGAAAAGUGAUCCGCUAUUUGAUACUUGGAAUUAUCAAUGUGAUGCAAAUCCUUCACAUGAAGGUAGUCCCCCGAACUCCAAAGCUAUAGUAUAAAACAUCAUGGCCUCAAUUUCUGGGGAAGGCAUCCCAUGGUAUCAAAAAAUUAACAUACCGCCAUCAUGACUUUUGCGAGCAACCCAAAAGACUCUAUGAAAUCUACAUGGCGUACUGGCAACCGGGACGAAUGGGGCUUCAGUCACUGGCUGCUGGAGCUGCUCAAUGUCCAUCCCAUUGCGCUUGACCAGGAAGUCCCCGUCCAUUCAAAGCAGGACAAGCUACCUUAUAUGCCUCAGUGGUCUCUUAACAUAUGGGUUCUCUUUUAUGCAUCUAUCCCGCUUGUCAUUAAUCAAGUCUACAUCUCAUAUAUGGCCCACAACCUCGGCCCAUUCGCUCUGUUCAACCUAUACUUCUUUUGGUUCAACGCAACGGUCAUCUACCAAGUUAAACUUCUUCGUCGCCUCGGACACACCUAUGGCUUCCUUGACGGUGACCAGCAUGAGCGUGACGGUAUUCCCGAUGUUGGCGUGGGGAAAGUUACCGCCUCGCUAUAUAAGACGACCGGCUCUCGCUUAGUUAUGGCGAUCUACCUUUCCUACUACAACCAAUCACCCAUGGCCAUGAACUGGACGUGGCUCCCACUGAUGAUAGGUCUCUAUGGGAUUGUGCUUGACUUCUGGUUCUACUGGUACCACCGCAUAAUGCACGACGUUAGCUUCCUCUGGAAGUAUCAUCGCACCCACCAUCUCACGAAACACCCCAACCCUCUCCUCGCCGCCUAUGCAGACCACGAGCAGGAGUUUUUCGACAUGGUCGGUGUGCCGUUCAUGACCUACAUGAGCCUUAGGCUCAUGGGUCUACCUAUGGGCUUUUAUGAGUGGUGGAUUUGCCAUCAAUACGUUGCAUUUGCCGAGGUCUUUGGACAUAGCGGUCUUCGUGUCCAGAUGACAGUGCCAUCUACACUAAGCUGGUUGCUGCAGUGGCUGAAUGCUGAGAUUGUCAUUGAGGAUCACGACCUCCAUCAUCGCAAAGGGUGGAGGAAGAGUCAUAACUAUGGCAAGCAGACUCGCCUAUGGGACCGGAUCUUUGGCACGUGCCAUGAGCGUAUCGAGUCUGUCGAGAGCAACGUUGACUAUACGAAGUCUGUCCAUAUGCCUUUGUUCUAGACUUGCUGCAAUUGGGCCGCUUGUAUCAGCGCUCCAGCUUGUCUUAUAAUUGCAAGAUUUCUACGAUGAUGAAGAUGGACAAUCCAGAUAUUAUAUGACGAGGUCACGACGAUGAUGAAUAAUACCAUUGGCAGGACGUCAGCAGGACAGAAAGGUACAAGGUACAUACAAAAUGUGAAUACUAGCUCCAGGUAUUCCACCAGCCAUAUAUAUGCUUAUAGUACUCCGUACAUACUGCUAUUUCAAUUUAAACAAGG